AUGGGUGGGGGACUGAGUGGUGGUGGGGGUGGGGGGGCGGCCAUGGGUGCUCCCAAAGCACUGCGUAAAGCGAGAGCAGCUUACUACUCUUCAUUAAUAGACGAGAAUAAGAAUAAUGCAAGAUUUCUUUUUAGCACUGUAGCCAGGCUGACAGAGAGCCACAGCUCUAUUGAGCCUUCUAUUCCCAUAGCACUCAGUAGUAAUGAUUUUAUGUGCUUUUUUAAUGAUACAAUUGUUACUCUUAGAAACAAAAUUAAUGACCUCUUGCCUUUGACCAGUAUAUUGUUAUCAACAGCUCCCGGAAACGUAAGUUCUAAUAUUACACUAGAUAGUAAAUUAGAAUGCUUUUCAGCCAUAAACCUUGAACACUUGAAUUCAAUGAUUCUUUCUUCUAAACCAUCAACGUGUAUCUUAGACCCGAUUCCAACUAAGCUGUUAAAGGAGGUUUUUCCAUUAGUUAGCACUUCUUUAUUAAAUAUUAUGAAUAUGUCUUUAUUAUCAGGCUAUGUUCCACAAUCAUUCAAAGUAGCAGUGAUAAAACCGCUUCUUAAAAAGCACAACCUCGAUCCAAAGGUUUUAGCCAACUAUAGACCUAUUUCUAAUCUUCCGUUCCUCUCAAAGAUUCUUGAGAAAGCAGUCGCAAAACAGUUGUGUGAUUACUUAAAAAACAAUGAUUUAUUUGAAGAUUUUCAGUCUGGCUUUAGAACACAUCAUAGCACAGAGACAGCUCUGGUUAAAGUCACAAAUGACCUUCUAAUAGCCUCAGACAAAGGACUUGUCUCUAUUCUUGUCUUGCUCGAUCUCAGUGCUGCAUUUGAUACUAUCGACCAUGACAUCCUAUUGCAAAGACUAGAGAACUUAGUUGGCAUAAAGGGAACUGCUUUAGGCUGGUUUAGGUCCUAUCUAUCUGAACGCUCUCAGUUUGUAUGUGUCAACGAUGAAUCUUCCAUGCAGACCAAAGUUAGCCAUGGAGUGCCACAGGGCUCAGUGCUUGGACCUAUUUUGUUCACAUUAUAUAUGCUUCCGUUAGGCAAUAUUAUAAGGAAUCAUUCUGUACAUUUUCAUUGUUAUGCGGAUGAUACUCAACUAUAUUUAUCAAUCAAGCCUGAUGAAAUUAAUCAUCUAAAUAAAAUUCAAGACUCCCUCAAAGACUUAAAAACAUGGAUGACUUUAAACUUUUUGAUGUUAAACACGGCCAAAACUGAAGUUAUUGUACUCGGCCCAAAUAAUCUACGAAACAAAUUAUCUAAAGAUUUACUAACUAUGGAUGGCAUUCAUUUGGCCUCCAGUGAGACUGUAAGGAAUCUUGGUGUUAUAUUUGAUCAGGAUUUAUCCUUUAACGCCCACAUAAAAUCAAUUUCAAGGACCGCCUACUUCCAUCUACGUGACAUUGCAAAAAUCAGGCAUAUCUUGCCUCAAAACGAUGCAGAGAAACUAGUCCAUGCAUUUGUUACUUCAAGGCUGGAUUAUUGUAACUCUUUAUUAUCAGGGUGUACCAAGAAGUCAGUUAAGUCGCUUCAGCUGAUUCAAAAUGCUGCAGCACGUGUACUAACUAGAGUUCGGAAAAGGGACCACAUUACUCCUGUUCUGGCUGCCUUACACUGGCUCCCUAUAGAACACAGGAUAGAAUUUAAAAUUCUUCUCCUCGCCUACAAAGCCCUUAAUGGGCAGGCGCCAUCUUACCUUAAAGAACUCAUUAUACCCUACUGUCCUACUAGGGCAUUGCGUUCCAAGAAUGCAGGGUUGUUGGUUGUUCCUAGAGUCUCUAAAAGUGCAAUGGGAGCCAGAGCCUUUUCUUAUCGAGCUCCACUUUUGUGGAAUCAGCUUCCAGUUUGUGUUCGGGCAGCAGACACCCUAUCCGUUUUUAAGAGGGCGCUUAAGACCUUCCUUUUUGAUAAAUCCUCAGCGCCCCCGGGGUCAGCGCUGAGCUCCAUCACUCUGUCUGGAUUCUUAAUCCCCACACUGGAGACGCCCAUAAGUGGAGAAAUAAACUUGGGGAAGCUAAGCCGGAGUGGAGAGGCGAGUCAUGGAGCCAGGGAUGACAGAGAAGCUUCCAGUGCCAAGUUAAUGAAGGUGAUGCAGCAAAGCAAGGCCCUCUGCAGAGUUAUAACACCGGAGCCUUGGGAGAGAGUCUCCGGCCCUGACAACGCCCCCCCCCCCAUGGUUUCACUGCGGCCAGUACACAUGCUGUUGGCUCUUUGUGACUCGCUGGACUCUGACAGCACAGCCUGCACUCACAAUGUGUUUAUUGGACACGGCUACCCCCGCCCCCCGCCCCGCCCCGCCCCCAAGCUGGAGGGUGAGGUCCUGUGA